UGACUGCAACAUGGUCCCUCAAACCUGACUAGAGAUGUCCACUGAGCUUCAAGGAGAAACCUGGAAAAAGGAAGAUUUUUUAAAACAUCCUCUCUGGAGGUCAAGAGACCCCAGAGCUCAAGAAGACCCUAAAAGGCAGUUCUUAUUGACUGAUGAAACAGAAAAUAUCUGUUGAAGGAGCACUGAUGGGGCACCAGAGAAGAAGAACAGUCUUUAACUUUGGGAUACAAGUUCCUUCAACACAACCUGAGGAGGAUAAAAUAAUCUGAGAGUGUGUUGAAAGCUGUGUUUCGUUGUGUUUAAGUCGACAGUAGAAAAGACGUCAUGUUGUGUGCACCGGGAAUUAGUGCCUUGGCUCUUUUCCACUGUGUGAUAACAGUGUCUGCACUGAUAGACGCUGAUGAUGUCAUCACACGAGACGAGCAGAUCUACGUUCUGAUUGGUGCACAUGCCAGGUGUGAAAGGAACAUCCAGGCACAAAUGGCCCUGGUUAAAGAGGGCGACUGCAUCCCAGAAUGGGACGGGAUCAUCUGCUGGCCACGGAGCAGAGCGGGUCAGCUGGUCUCAGUGCUGUGUCCAGAGUACAUCUACGACUUCAACCACAGAGGGCGAGCCUACCGCCAGUGUGAUGCAUCGGGAAACUGGGAGCAGGUUUCCAGUAUCAACCGCACUUGGGCUAACUACACUGAGUGCACCACAUACUUGACCUCCAACCACAGGAGCCAAGAGGAGAAGGUGUUUGAGAGACUCCAUCUCAUGUACACCGUUGGCUACUCCAUUUCUCUAGCAUCGCUGUUGGUGGCAGUCUCCAUCCUCUGCUAUUUCAAGCGUCUGCACUGCACACGCAAUUACAUCCACAUUCACCUCUUCACCUCCUUCAUAUGCCGAGCAGUCAGCAUUUUCGUGAAGGACGCUGUGCUCUACUCCAUAUCUGAUGACAGUGAGGUUGAGCCUGAGUUCACUGCACAGAAGCCCCAUAUGGCUGGUUGUAAAGUUGCUGUUACUCUCUUCCUGUACUUCCUGGCAACCAAUCACUACUGGAUCCUGGUGGAGGGGUUGUACCUACAUAGCCUCAUCUUCAUGGCCUUCCUCUCUGACAAGAACUACCUGUGGGCCCUCACCAUCAUCGGCUGGGGUGUUCCAGCUGUGUUUGUGUCCAUUUGGGUCAGUGCACGAGCAUCACUGGCAGACACGCAAUGUUGGGACAUCAGUGCUGGAAACCUGAAGUGGAUCUAUCAAGUUCCCAUUCUGGCAGCCAUUGUUGUGAAUUUCCUUCUCUUCGUCAACAUAAUCCGAGUACUGGCCUCUAAACUAUGGGAAACCAACACUGGUAAACUGGAUCCUCGACAGCAGUACCGGAAGCUGCUCAAGUCCACAUUAGUCCUCAUGCCCUUGUUUGGAGUUCACUACAUGGUGUUCAUGGCUCUUCCUUACACUGAGGUCACCGGGCUGCUGUGGCAGGUGCAGAUGCAUUACGAGAUGUUCUUCAACUCUUCACAGGGCUUUUUUGUGGCAUUUAUCUACUGUUUCUGCAAUGGGGAGGUGCAGGCAGAGGUAAAGAAGGCCUGGCUGAGACGCAGCCUGGCUCUGGACCUCAAACAGAAAGCCAGGAUGACCAGCAGCGGAGGCAGCUGUUACUAUGGCGGCAUGAUGUCACACACCACCACACACAGUGUCAGCUUGUCCGCUGCCAAUCCCAGAGCGCUUUCCUUCACUGGAGGUGUGGUGGGAUCAGGUGGAGCUGCCGGUGGUGGGUCAGGGGUCAGACCGCCACGCCACACUUCCCUCCACCCGCAAACCAGCCUCCCGGGAUAUGUGCCUGGUGAUACUGAGACCUCAGGAGUUUUUGCCAGGCAUGUCAGAACCGGCAAAGGAAAUCAUGACUCCAGAAGUCAUGGAGCACCUUCAACCCAGACCCCUGGAACAGAAGAUCCAGACAGCUCCUUAUCUCUGAAAGAGCUGGAAACCAUCUUGUGAUUGUCUUGAGAUAGUAAAUGAGUCCGAUGAGCAUAAAAGAAAUAUUGGACUCGUGCAUGCCGAUGGACUUCACCUGACUAGAGUGGUCAUCUGUACAAAAUCCUCCAUGCUGAUUUGCAAUUGCAAACACAGAGCUGUUGCUCUACCAAAGCAGACAUCUCAAGGAAAUACCUGCUUUGAGAUUGUUCUGUUGUGGGUCAGUAAUGAACUUUCAAUCUCAUCUUGCAAGCCAGCUUCAAGGGGCAGUUCUUAAAGAGCUCAGAAAAAUGGAAAUUUAAGCAUCUACAACUCUGUGACAGCCACUGAGGAAGAUUGUGUGAUGGGAUCGAAAGCUGCAGAACAGCUGCUGAGCAGAUGCUGUUUUGUCAACAACAAUAGUGAUUUUUGGAUCUUUCAGUGGAUUUCAGCAGGAAUACAGACAUGUUUUUAGUUUGCAAAGUCAAAUCUAAGGCACCAAACAAGGAUUAUAGGCAUUGUCAUGCAUAACAUGUGGACCAGGACGUUUUAUGUUGUACUAUGACCUCAACUCUCUAUGAUGGAUUUCAUGUGAGUUCUAUUUAAUUCCAUUCAGUGUACAUGAAGUGUAUAUGAUUUUUUUAUGCUUUCAAUUGAUGUGAAAGAAAAGUGAGGAAAAAUAAAUAAAGCUAAAUAAUGUGUGAGGAUGUGAUGCUGCAGAGAAUUCAGAAAAGUCAAAGGACAGACCUGGAUGUUUAAACAGUGAGAUCACUUUUGUGAUUUUUCUCCCUCUUCACAUCUUUCCCAUCACAUGUGUGUGUGUGUGUGUGUGUGUGUGUGUGUGUGUGUGUGUGUGUGUGUGUGUGUGUGUGUGUGUGUGUGUGUGUGUGUGUGUGUGUGUGUUUAUGUGUGUGCAGCCACUGUCUCUGAAUCUGAUAUAGUGAUCCUCCAUUUUCUGAAUAUUGACCUCUAGGGACCAGUCACACAUUUAUUACAGAGGAAACACUGUAAACAAGCCAGCUGUCCCAAAUCGAUUAUUUUUAAGAUUUUGUUGUGUCUAGACAAGUAGAAACCCCCUCUGAACCUUUGUUGUUGUCCACUGUUGUGAACUGAGCCCCAUUUGUCAGUCUGACAGGACCCUGAGGGCUGACACGCAAACAUUUUGCCUGUUGCAGGCCAAACCCCAACUCCUUUUGCCGCGUAACCUCUGCCCUGAAUGCUUUCACAACACCACCCAGAAUUUCACACACUCCCCACAGGUCUCGGGCUUGGAGCAUGGGGCACCUGAACUGUUUGUAGACCUCGAGAGUGAGUGACAAACCUGCAGCACAAGCCACCAGUAUUCACAAGAUUAACAGAAAGGAAAUUGUGCCUGUAAAUAUUUUAGGACUGUUUAGGUGUCCAGAUUUCUGUUCGGUGGUUAUAUGAUAUGUACAGUGUGAUAUAAUCAUGAUAAUUUAAUAAACCCUAAGCCUGAAUUUAGUGAAUUGAACUGAGCAAAGCAGAAAGAGCAACUGUCUAA